AUGGAUAACAAUGGCGGAAAAGAAAUCAACAACAAUAUGUAUCCAUCUGACUUCAUGUUAGAACUAGGAGACAUGAACAACCAUGAUUGGGACUUUGUGUUCCCAAACCAACUCGAAAACAAUCUCCCCUUUUCAACUAUGUUUGGCAAUAAUCAUGCUUUAGAAUUCGAUCAAUCAAACAUGUUUCAAACCAACAUGUUUCAAACCAACGUGUUCCAAACCACAGCUGGACCCUCAAGUUUACAACCAUUACAAAACGUCCCUUCAGCAGAACCAAAUUCUUCGUUUCAGUUAAGGGAAGUUUUGGCUGUUCCUGAUGAGCUGAAGGAAGUAAAAGCCAUCGAAAUCGGUUCUGCUUCUGCUUCUGCUUCUGGUUCUGCUUCUGGUUCGGGACGGAAGAGAAAGAGAGGUGAUCCGGCAAGAAAUUUAUUGGCAGAAAGGAGACGCCGAGAGAAGUUGAAUGAGAGAUUACUUGCCCUCCGGUCUUUGGUACCGAAUAUAACAAAGAUGGACCGAGCGUCUAUUCUUGGAGAUGCGAUCGCGUAUCUGAAAGAUCUUUCUGAGAAAAUUAAUAAACUUGAGCUCGAGCUUAACCCGGGUCGUACAACCUCUUUGAUGCCUCCAGCCGCCGCCCCUACUACCGCUGCUGGUCCUUCAAACAUUGGAGGACAGGGCCCUACUAAAGAGAGAGGGGGGGGGGAGUAUGUGACACAAACCCUAACGUUCAAAACUAGGGGCUAUGACGCAAGCUGUAACCUAAAAACGCGAUCGAGGUGA